AUGCCUAGUUGUGACUAUGAAUUUGCCCUGGACCCACCUGACAAUAUAGCUGCUUUGAGCGCUGAUUCAGUGGGUCAGGAUAAUGAAGGAGUGGAUGCUGAAAAUACUUAUAAAAACACUGCUGUACCAGCAUCCCCUUUGGAGCGUGGCCCCAGCGAGACAAACACUAGGGUGCUUAAUUCUGAAAAACAUGUUUCUUUUGAUAAUUCUUCUUCUUCUUUGGAGCCACUUCCCACAGAAAUCCCAAGGUGUGUGUUGAUGCACACAUAUUUAUGCCAAAAGGAGAUUCAUUUAGACGUUGGUGUGGAAAACCUUGCCCGGGGGCAUAAUCAGGUCUGGGCGGAGCAAAUUGGACUCCCCCUUGUAAAAUUAGAUAUAUCUAUUCCCGUCUAUAACGUUGACGGUGUCGAUGAUGAGAACUGCUGUUAG